AUGGUCCGCAAAACGUCGUCCGGCUUCUUCACCUCGAUCCAUGAAGACCUGCCCCUUCAUGUGUCUCGGGGCUACGAUCGGAUGGUCCAACACAGUGCAUACCCUUCGUCGUACCAGUCUCCCAGUCCCCAGCGGAGCGUUGCCUUCUCUCCAGAGAACUAUACGAAGCCGUAUCUCGAGUUUAUGACCAACAACCCUACCGUGUUUCAUGCUGUUUCCGCAUUUACUACACAGCUGGAAAAGGCAGGAUACGAACACUUAUCUGAGAGGACGCAAUGGAAGAUCAAACCUGGCGGGAAAUACUACACCAAGCGAAACGGCAGCGCCUUCAUCGCGUUCGCCGUGGGGAAAGAUUACAAACCAGGAAACGGCGUCGCCAUAGUGGCUGGGCAUAUCGAUGCUUUGACGGCAAAGGUGAAGCCCGUCCCCAAGCUGGAGACCAAGGCUGGUUAUGUGCAGUUGGGGGUAGCUCCCUACGCGGGUGGCAUGAACAUGACUUGGUGGGACCGCGACCUCGGGAUCGGGGGAAAAGUGCUCGUCAAGACGAAGGAUGGGCACAUUGAAGAGAAGCUCGUGAAGCUGGACUGGCCCAUUGCAAGGAUACCAACGCUAGCACCACAUUUCGGAGCUGCUGCUCAAGGGCCGUUUAAUCUGGAGACGAACAUGGUCCCCAUCAUUGGAUUAGACAACUCCGACCUCACCGGAAAGAAACCUGUUUCAUUAAAUCUGCCUGCAGGCACAUUCGUGUCCACUCAGCCAGAAGGUCUGGUACGAGCAAUCGCUGGCGAACUGGGGAUAGAAGAUUAUACAUCCAUUGUCAACUGGGAGCUGGAGCUUUUUGAUGUUCAGCCAGCGCAGCUUGGUGGAUUGAACAAGGAAUUUAUCUUUGCCGGCAGAAUUGACGACAAGUUGUGCUGCUUUGCCGCCAUUGAAGCACUGUUAGCCUCAUCUGAUGAGGCAUCCUCAGGCAUUAUCAAGAUGGUGGGGUGCUUUGAUGACGAAGAAAUCGGCAGUUACCUCCGGCAGGGUGCUCGAAGCAAUUUCAUGUCGAGCGUGAUCGAGAGAAUAUGCGAGGCUUCGGCUGACUAUUGUGGCCCCAACCUAAUCAACCAGACGUUGGCCAACUCGUUCUUGGUGUCAUCCGAUGUCAUCCACGCCGUUAAUCCGAACUUCCUAGGAGCCUAUUUGGAGAAUCACUCUCCAAGACUCAAUGUGGGCGUGUCAGUAUCAGCCGAUCCGAACGGACAUAUGACAACCACGGCAGUGUCCACGGCACUGCUGUCUCGCAUUGCCGAAAAGUGUGGUAGCACGCUGCAAAUAUUUCAGAUACGAAAUGACAGCCGUAGCGGUGGCACCAUUGGACCGAUGACAAGCUCCAAACUAGGCUGUCGUGCGAUCGAUUGUGGAAUCCCCCAGUUGAGUAUGCAUUCUAUCCGAGCCACCACCGGAUCACUCGAUCCUGGUCUCGGCGUCAAGCUGUACAAGGGAUUUUUCGAUUAUUUCGAGGAGGUCGACAAAGAGUUUGCAUGA